AUGGAAGCCUUUAAAUACCUCUUCGUUUUGUUCCUUAUCAUUGCCAUGUUCAAUGCUGCUUCGGCCGCACCGUUAGGCGAUGUAGGCGAUGUCUCAUCUCCUGAACCCAUCGAAGGUGACGCUCCAUCGUUCCAAAAACGUAUGGUUUGCAAAAUCAUGUGUCCGAUGAAGGUCAAAAGAUACGUUAGUUCUUAUUGUAGAUGCCCCACCUAUCCUUCCCCGGUGUAUGAAUGA